GUGCCAGUACGUAAUGCGAGUGCUCCGAAACAUGUCGCAUGUCGCGUUGUCGCGUCACGAAACAAACAUAAACGUGUGCAGUUUAUCAUUCUCGCGAGUGACAUUCGGUUUCCUCGAGAGUACGAACGUAGUCGAUCGUUGCUCGCAUCCCGCGACAGCCCGUACCGGCGGUUUCAACGUCGUGCUCGGAAAAUAUCGAAAACCCGUGAACGCCAGGUGACAAGCUGCGGAGAGUUCUCCCGUCUUCUCUACUCGUUGGUGUUUGGCGGAACUCUGUUGGCAGCACUGUUCGACGGCGGGCGGACUAUAAGCGAGAAGGCAGAGGCAGAGGCAGAGUGAUUUCAAGAAAGAGUAACAGAGAUGAUGAACGGGAAAGCGGGAGCGAGGAGAACGGCGAUGGAUAAAGCGAGAAGAUAGUACACGCGGCACGAGGAAGGAACGAGAGGGAAAUAGUUUCGUUGAGUAAGCGGGCGACGUACGGCGCAUGACGCACGGUUCGGUUGGCGGGAGGAAGACAGCGUACGGGAGAACGGAGAAGGACGCGCAAUAGCGUGAGAGAGGGAAGGAGAGGCGACGAGUUUGUUUAUCGCGUUGGCGAACGGCGGCCGAGAGCACAGCGAGAGCCGAGGGCAGUCGGUGCAGUGCGGUGCUACGUUUCGCCUCUACAAGACGAUCGGGUAAGUCGUUCGUUCCUUUCGCGAUACGCCGCCGCGUCCUUACGUAUACAUUUCUGUACGUGCAUGCAUUUACUUGUUCCGAAGAGUGCGCGGGUGUCCUUCCAUCUGUCGCGCACAUGUCAUCGACGUUCAUCACUAAACAUCCUCGUACAGAGAUCUCGUGCCAAAAGAACAUGCCGCGAACCGCGUACGAAAUCGCCGCGUACAUAUUCGUUUCCUCUCGUGUAGUAUAAUUAAGUAUAUGUACGUAUAACGAAUACAUCGAGUGCCCGAAUCGGUGACAUUUACAAGAGUACAGUUGCAAGAUCGCUGGAAUUUCAUCGUGACGAGGACAACGACGACGACGACCGGGAAGUUGCAACACCGCGCGUGAUACCUUAACAGGGGCAAUCAUCGCCGACCGACGAGGAGUCUGUUCGGGCAGUUUCGUGUGACGCGUUGGACCGAUCGCAAGUUUCGGGCGUAAGCAUCUCGCGUCGUAAUUUGUAUCAAAUUGUUCGAACUUGCUGCGUCGUUCGAAUGAAUCGGAACGUUCGCGACCGUGACAAUGCUGCGGGAAAAUUAACGAAGAUACACUCGCGUUUCGUUCGUUGUUAACCUCUAGUCGUAACGUGAUCUCGAUAUUCAAAGUCCGACUACUUGAAAAGUAAUCGGAACGAUCGUCGCGUGCCAGGUAGGAAGAGGUUGAUACUCGCGCGUGGAGGUCCCCGGUCGCGUUGUUGAUUCGAAGAUACGAAGGUAGCGAUAUUCGAAACGGGUCAAAAUGAUCGCGCGGACGGAUUUAUUGUACGCGUUACUCGCGGCGUCGAUCGGUGUGUUCACUGUGAAGUCGGAGCCAGGACCACGACCGAGACCAACGCCGAUUUUCACCAACCAAUUUGCUGUCCACGUACCCGACGGAUCGGACGCUGCUGCCGAGAUCGCCACCAAAUAUGGGUUCGACAACUACGGACAGAUUGGGUCCCUGAAGGAAUACUACCUGUUCGCUGACAAACGACUCCACAAGAGGUCCUUGUCAAGCAGCGAGUCACAUCAUAAGACGCUGAGGGAUGAACCGAGGGUACAAUGGUUCCAACAGCAGCACGAGAAGAAACGUAAGAAGAGGGACUUCGUGCCCGCGUCGUCGUUCUCUUUCAGCGAUUAUCCAGCGUUUUUCGAUGAGUUCGGUCCGCGUCCGAGGCAGGCCACGUUCCAUCGGCAAAGGAACAGAGGCGUGCCUCUUCAGAAUCUGUUCACGGAUCCCCUCUUUAAGGAACAGUGGUAUCUGAACGGCGGAGCCAAGGACGGAUACGACAUGAACCUCGGCCCAGCGUGGCAAAAGGGUUACACCGGAAAAGGAGUCGUGGUGUCGAUCCUCGACGACGGUAUACAGACGAAUCAUCCGGACCUGGCUCUGAACUACGAUCACCAGGCCAGCACGGACAUAAACGACAACGACAACGAUCCGAUGCCGAGGGACAACGGCGACAACAAGCACGGAACCCGAUGCGCCGGUGAGGUGGCCGCGGUCGCCUUCAACCAAUAUUGCGGCGUCGGCGUUGCGUACAACGCCAGCAUCGGAGGCGUGCGAAUGCUCGAUGGCCCGGUAAACGAUGCCGUCGAAGCCAGAGCGUUGGGAUUGAAUCCUGAUCACAUCGAUAUAUACAGCGCGUCCUGGGGUCCGGAGGACGACGGGAAAACCGUCGACGGACCCGGCCCUCUCGCUAGGAGGGCUUUCAUCUAUGGCGUAACCAGCGGCCGCAAGGGAAAAGGCUCGAUCUUCGUGUGGGCGUCCGGGAACGGGGGCCGUCAUACAGAUUCCUGCAACUGCGACGGUUACACGAACAGCAUCUUUACCCUGUCGAUAUCGAGCGCGACUCAGGGCGGAUACAAACCCUGGUACCUAGAGGAAUGCAGCUCGACGUUGGCAUCAACUUACUCGUCGGGUACUCCGGGGAACGACAAGAGCGUGGCGACCGUGGACAUGGACGCGAAACUGAGACCGGAUCAUAUUUGCACCGUCGAGCACACGGGAACUUCGGCCUCGGCACCUCUGGCGGCCGGGAUAGCGGCUCUGGCGCUCGAAGCGAACCCGAGCCUCACCUGGAGGGACAUGCAGUACCUGGUGGUACUCACCUCGAGGUCGGGUCCCCUCGAGAAGGAGCCGGGUUGGAUUCUGAACGGAGUGAAGAGGAAGGUCUCGCACAAAUUCGGUUACGGGCUUAUGGACGCCGGUGCCAUGGUGAACCUGGCCGAGCAAUGGACCAACGUGCCGCCUCAACAUAUCUGCAAGUCCGAUGAGAUCAACGAGGAGAGGCGUAUCGAUCCGACCUACGGCUACACGCUCAGCGUGUACAUGGACGUCACCGGUUGCUCCGGAUCUUUGAACGAGGUCCGCUUCCUCGAGCACGUGCAGUGCAAGGUGUCCUUGAGGUUCUUCCCGCGUGGAAAUUUACGAUUGCUCCUGACGUCACCGAUGGGCACUACGUCGACGUUGCUGUUCGAGAGGCCGCGGGACGUUCUCAGUUCCAGCUUCGACGACUGGCCUUUCCUGAGCGUGCACUUCUGGGGCGAGAAAGCGGACGGUAGAUGGACGCUGCAAAUCAUUAACGCGGGAAAUCGACACGUGAACAAUCCAGGUAUCUUGAAGAAAUGGCAGCUGAUCUUCUACGGGACGGCGACGAACCCCAUCAGGAUCCGGCCGCAACAAUUUUCCCCGGUACAAGCGCAUUCUUCGUACGCCUCCGUCCAUUAUCCGUUGCCCGUAGAUGAUGAUACGCUUCGAGCGUUGGGCUAUCGCGGCGAAGCCGACUUCUUUGCUUCUCCCUUUCAGAGCUACCAGGGUCCGUACGUCGGCGCCGCGUCCAACGUUCAGGCGUCCGUGGCGACGUUGGACGGAUCCUCCGCUCCGAUCCUGACGAAUCGGCUGCCGGGGGACGCAUCCUCGUCCUCCUUCGAUUCGCCCUCGUCCUCGUCCCGAGUCGGUGACGACUCGCUCGAUACGACUAGAAAGAUUCUUCACGACUGCGACCCGCAAUGCGAUUCCCAAGGCUGCUACGGCAAAGGUCCCACCCAAUGCAUCGCUUGCAAGAGCUAUCGACUCGACAACACCUGCGUGAGUCGAUGUCCACCGAGGAGCUUUCCGAAUCAAGGUGGCGUUUGUUGGCCUUGCCACGAAUCCUGCGAAAUCUGUGCGGGAGCCGGCCAGGAUUCUUGCCUGUCCUGCGCACCUGCUCACCUCCGAGUCACCGAUUUAGCGGUGUGUCUGCAGCAAUGUCCGGAGGGAUAUUACGAAAACACGGAAAACAGCACUUGCGUGCCGUGCGAGGCGAACUGCGCUAGCUGCCAGGACAGGCCGGACAAAUGCACGAGCUGCGAGCACCACUUGGUCAUGUACGAGAACAAGUGUUAUGCCGCGUGUCCCCUGUACACCUACGAGACCCAAGAUUACAACUGCGCGUCAUGUCACUCGACCUGCGAGACCUGCAACGGCACUGCCGAGGACCAAUGCAUCUCCUGUCGGCCCGGAUUGUUUUCUCUGAACGGAUCUUGUCGAGCGUCUUGCCCGGUGGGAUAUAGCGCGGAUAAGAAGCGAAAGGAGUGCGUGCCCUGUCCACCCGGAUGUGCCACUUGCACCAUGUCGACUUGCAUGAGUUGCGACGAGGGUUGGAGUCUGACCGAGGAGGGGUUGUGCGCCCCUGAGCACCGCGAUCGCUGCCAUACGUCCGAAUACUUCGAGGACGAUCACUGCAAACCGUGUCACGCUUCCUGCAAGACGUGCGCCGGCCCCGAAGACGACCAUUGCAUCUCCUGCAGAACCUCAUUGCUCCUUCAAGGGAAACGAUGUGUCUACCAGUGCGACGAUGGUUAUUACUCUAUGGCGCAGCCCUCCUCCAGACCCGUCUGCGUCCCUUGUUUGCAUACUUGCAAGACGUGCGUGUCCCGGCUGAAUUGCACCGCGUGUCAAGACGGAUUGCAACUGCAAAGCGGCGAGUGUAGGUCCUCUUGCGCGCAGGGAUAUUACAGCGAUCGAGGGCAGUGCGCGAAAUGCUACUUGUCGUGUAAGACGUGUUCCGGCCCGAGGCGGGAUCAAUGCGUAACUUGUCCUCGUGGUUGGCAACUGGCAGCGGGAGAGUGUCACCCGGAGUGCCCCGAAGGAUUCUUCAAAUCCAACUUCGGUUGCCAGAAGUGUCACCACUACUGUCGCACGUGCAAAGGAGAGGGACCGAACGAGUGUACUUCUUGUCCGUCGCAUUCGAUGCUGGACGGUGGCCUGUGCAUGGAGUGCCUCGGAGCGCAGUAUUACGACCCUUUGACUCAACUUUGCAAGAAUUGCAAUUCGGAGUGCCGAAGGUGCACCGGCCCCGGCAAAUUCAGCUGCGCCGCCUGCUCGCCGCCAUUACACCUCGACAAAUUGAAUAAUCAGUGCGUACCCUGCUGCGCCGGAAACGAAAAAGGAUCGCAAACUGAUGAAUGUUGUCUCUGUGAUCCGGAAACCGGCGGAUGUAGAAACAGUUCUCCGGCUGGUAAAAGAAGAGUACCGGGAACGGAGUUCGUCUCGGCCGACACGGCCAUCUCCGAGGUAUAUGCGAACUACGAAGGGACGACCGAUAAGAGCGACACGGCUUCGCUGGCGAUAACAGCGACCACGACCAUCGCCGUUGCUAUUUGUCUAGUAUCGGUUGCCCUCUUCGCUACGAUAUUCAUCGCGCUUCAGGCAAUGUCGGGAAGAAGAGAAACGAACAAGGGUUACACACAACUCGCCGUCAGAGUGGAACCUUCGGAGGACAGUUACGCCGACGAUAACACGGAGCUGAUGACCUAAACCUUUCGCCGAAUCGAUCAGCUGCCAUCGGAGACCUGUCGUGCGAAGUGUCUUUCCGAUGAAGUUCCGGUUAAGUCCGGAGACCACGAAUAAAUCAAUCGCGUAUGUUCGCGUAGCGGUUGCCAGAGACGAUCGGGAUUAAGAGAACAGUACCGCUUCUAGAUCGUCGAAAGUGGUCCGAGACGUAGAACAAAUCGAACAAAUAAACAAGGAACAAAAAGUAUUUAAAAAAAUGAGUAUAAUGAAGAAAAUAACAUAAUGGAAUACGCGCAUUGAGCGACGAAUGAGCAGACGAGCAAGACUCGAUAAAAGAAGGGUGAAGAGAAACGAAGAACAGCCGAAGAGCGAACUCGUUCGGAACAAACGUGAUAGCAAGAGACACGCAGUUUCUUGUUUUUUUAGCACGCUAUACGAAAGUAAAGAGCGUGAUUCGUUGUUCACUAUAAAAUUGAUAGUGCGAUUAACGUCGUGUGAAUGUCGGUGAACGAGGUGUCUAGGUGUAUCAUUUUUUAAACGGUUAGGCGCGUCGCUGAUUCUGUCGAGUGCACAAGUACCAGUGUCCGAAAACGGGCGAUUAACUUUUUAAGACCACAGAUGUACCACAGUUCGCGGGCGAGCGACACGAGAAGUAUGUAUAUGACGCGGCGGACAUCGAGAAGAUGUUGGCAUCUGUCCUCUUUUUAUUGCCUUCUGUCUACGUUACACCCGGCGUGUCACGAUCUCUGGAUAGGCGGAAGCGCGGCGGCCGAGAGUGAACAAAUACCGUAUUUUAACUAUGUAUCUCGCUAGUUUAAUUGUCACAUUUUUUAUUUUCUGUUCGACGAUACCCUGACGAUUCGAAUGGUCCUCGCGUUCGACGGUCGCUCAGCGUUGGUUCCGAUUACACGGACCAGUCAAGUAACAGACCAAACGGAGGAGACGACGCGAGUCGAUGAGAAAAUCGGAGAAGGAAUGCAACGAGAAUGGACGAGUUGGUUUCUCUGAGAAAACUUUUCCACGUAACUUCGUUUUGGCUCGAUACUCGCAGCGUGCAAAUCGUUUCCGUCGAUAUCCUAGGCAACGGUCCGGCACGCGUGCAUCAGUCAUUCCGUCGAGAACGAAACAACCCGAUUGCGUUUUCUUUUUUAACUGUUGUUAUUGCUGCAUUGUCUAUGUAUUUUUUUGUUUAUAUGGUAUUCUGCUGUAUACUUUUUCCGCGUUGAAUCUCACUUUGUUCGUUUAGAGUCGUUAUCGCAGAAAAUAAAUAAAAACGGGAGAGAAUGCGAGGUAGGAAGAACGAUAAAAAAAAGAAGAGACCACUUGUUGACGUAUUACGCGAGAAGCUUUUUUUUGGAUUAAAACGAAAGAGAAAUACGAAAGAGUAAUGAUACGCGUGAGUGUGUCUGUGUGCGUGAGUGAGUGAGUGAGAGAGAAAAUGCAAUACGCGAAAGAUAGUCCUUGGUAAAAAUUGGUAAAAAAAACUUUAAAAGACACUUGCCGCGCCUACCGUGCGAAUAUUGAAUUUCUCCUCGUGAUUUGAUAUAAAGCUAUUAUUGUACUUUUAUGAUGAACGCGAUUAUAAAUAUAUACAUAUAUACAUAUACAUAUACAUAUAUCUAUAUCUAUAUAUAUAUACA